GCAUCUUCGUCCGAGUAUUUGGCGCUCUCUAUCUCACACUAUCCCUCUUCAAUCUUCUCGAACAAGCAUUUGAAGAGAGAAGGCAAUGGAGAAGAGCGAAAGCACAUCAGGCGAUACCCCUCGGCCAUGGCAGUCGUACCACACUGUCUACACCAACGCUAAAGCAGGUAUGGAUGGGGUCGACAAAGAGAGAGUGCAAAAAAUAGUGUAUGGGAUGAGCAAAGGAUCUAAGUAUUUCGAGAAUGAGGAACGCAAGGAGGCCUUUAUGAGGGGGAAAAUCGAGAGCAUGCGUGUUCAAUGCGCGAAGCUGACGCCGGCCGAUAUAUCUCAAUAUCAGAUGGUGGCUGAUAGAAGAAUUUUAGAGCUAGAAGCUACACGUGACUUGUCGAGGAUUUGGCUGCACGUAGAUAUGGAUGCUUUUUAUGCUGCUGUUGAGACAUUAAGUAACCCAUCGUUAAAGGGCAAGCCAAUGGCUGUUGGCAGCAUGUCUAUGAUCUCCACAGCCAAUUAUGAGGCACGGAGAUUUGGGGUUCGUGCUGCAAUGCCUGGUUUCAUUGCACGUAAAUUAUGUCCGGAGUUAAUUUUCGUUCCCGUAGAUUUUAAGAAGUAUACUUAUUGCAGUGAUUUGACUAGAAAAGUUUUCCAGAAGUAUGAUCCCAACUUCAUGGCUGCUAGUUUGGAUGAAGCAUACCUUGAUAUAACUAAUGUCUGCAAACAAAGGGGCAUUACCAGUGGAGAAAUUGCUGAAGAACUCAGAACCUCUGUUUAUAAAGAGACUGGUCUUACGUGUAGUGCUGGAGUGGGACCAAACCGCUUACUUGCUAAGGUUUGUUCAGAUAUAAAUAAGCCAAAUGGACAAUUCAUCUUACCAAAUGACCGGUUGGCUGUCAUGACAUUUAUAUCCUCACUUCCCAUACGAAAGAUUGGGGGCAUUGGUAAGGUCACUGAACAUAUUUUAAGGGAUGUUUUUGGAAUCAAUACAUGUGAGGAUAUGCUGCAAAAGGGUGGUUUCCUCUGUGCACUUUUUUCGCAUUCUACAGCAGAUUUUUUCCUCUCUGUGGGACUGGGGCUUGGGAAAACUGAGAACCCUCAAGUCAUGUUACGGAAGAGUAUCAGUAAUGAGAGAACAUUUGCAGCGACAGAUGACGAGGCAUUGCUUCAUCAGAAACUAUCUGAUCUUGCGGAGAUGCUUUCUUCUGACAUGCAGAAAGAAGGUCUUUUGGGGCGAACAUUGACUCUUAAACUAAAAACGGCCUCUUUUGAGAUUAGAACCAGAGCUGUGACUUUGCAAAAGUAUAUUUGCUCAAGUGAGGAUAUUUUGAAAUAUGCUUCAAAGCUGCUAAAGGCUGAACUUCCUGUCUCUUUGAGACUGAUAGGCCUGCGGUUGUCUCAAUUUAAUAAAGACAUGGUUGGUGCUCCAUCUGAAACGAGACAAAAAACUCUCACCGAUUUUCUUAUAUCAGGAGAUGCAAAUAGGAAAAGUACCAGUGAUAAUAGUUCCUUGGGCUCAAUUGUUGAUAGCCAUGAGAUAUGUAGUUACGAAGGUAGAGAAGGUAGAGAUUUAUUGGACGGCAGCGACUUACCAGAUUUGGAAGGCAAUCACACUUUUAGCAGCAAUGCUGGUGGGAUGGAGAAAAUUUAUGAGCCUUUGAAGAAUGAAACUGCAAACAAGGUGAUUGCCCCAGACCCAAAAUCUCAUCAAAAUGCAGUGACUGGGUUGUUGGAAGCAGAUUCAUCUUCUGUGGAGUUUGCAUGUAGCAGCCUUGAUGAAGUGAACAAGAGGGCCAACUUGCUGGAUGACGAGGCAGUUUCUUCAUCCAAUCAGGAAGAGCUACUUUUGUGGGUAAAUGAUUACAAGUGUUCGCUAUGUGGGAUUGAAUUACCGCUAGGAUUUGUUGAGGAGAGGCAAGAACACUCCGAUUUUCAUCUUGCUGAGAGACUUCAGAAGGAGGAAUCUCGCCAUGAGACUAAAACUCUAAUGCUGAGGCACAGAUUUUCCCUGAAGGAGAAUAUUCGGAGCCAAAGCAAACGUAAAAAGCAGAAGAUCUCUCCCAAAGAUAAGGGACACAUUCCAAUAGAUAUGUUCUUUGUUAAGAGCUUCCAGAAUUUUUAGCGUUAAUCUUCUUCUUCUUUUUCUUUUUAUUUUUAUAGCGCUAAUCUAUUUGUUCUACCCUUGUAUAUAGUUGUGUAUGCUAUAGCAAAAAUCAGUGCACAAGAGCAAUAGAUAUUCCUUUUACGAUU